GAAAUAAAAGAAUGUAGAAUUGAGGAAACUUGAAAAAAUUUAGGAAAAAAAUAAAAGUAAAAUGUUUGAAAAGAAGACGCGGAAACUAGGUGGCGUCACUUGUGGAGCGUUACUGAAACCCGCAAGCAUGAGUCGAGUUGCCAACUCAGCAAACGAAAACUAUUAUCAGCGUUGAUUCUACGCACCGCCCCCGGAUUUUUCCAAAUUUCUUCUUUACGUAAUUGGAAUUUGGAAUUCAAUCUUAUUUUUGAUUUUAGUCUCUAUCAAUACCCCUCAUCCGCUCAUCUUUAUUCUCAUUUUGUGGUUUACCUUCUCAAUCCACAUAACAAAUACACACUUCAUUUCUUCAUUUUUCAUCUGGGGUUUGGUUCGUUUUCAAGAUCACUCAUGUCGUUCAGAUUCAGAGGAGGGGCAAAUGCUUCAUCUGGAAUGGGUGUUGCUGAUCACUGUAAAGGCACCUUCUUGGAACUGCAAAGAAAGAAGGCUCACCGUUAUGUGAUCUUCAAGAUUGAUGACAAGAAAAACGAAGUUGUUGUUGAGAAAACUGGAAGUCCUGCUGAAAGCUAUGACGAUUUUACAUUAGCAUUGCCUGAGAAUGAUUGCAGAUACGCCAUUUAUGACUACGACUUUGUCACCUCUGAGAACUGUCAAAAGAGCAAGAUUUUCUUCAUCGCUUGGUCACCUGCAUCCUCUAGGAUUCGAGCCAAGAUGUUGUAUGCAACAUCAAAAGACAGGUUGAGACACGAGUUGGAUGGUGUUCAUUAUGAGAUUCAAGCAACCGACCCUACAGAAAUGGAGCUUGAUGUGCUCAAGGAACGCGUAUACUGAUUGAUAGUAAAAAUGCUAGCUCAAGUCGAGUUCUUUUUGGACUGAAUCAUCAGCCUUUGUUUCGUGUUGGUUGAAAGUGUUUUUUUUCCUUGUGUAAUUUGCUAUUUAAAUAUUGUAUACCAUGGGUUGUACCACAAUGCGAUGCUGCAGAAAUUUUAUGUAUGGACAGAAAUGAGUAAUAAUUUAUAACAAUCAAUUAGACAAGGUUCUAAAGACAAGGUUC